AUGCACAGUGAUCGUGGGAAUGAAGUGGUUGGGAACCUUGGGGAAGAUGCAGUGAAGUCCAUUAGGAAUGGGGAACAAGGGGUGUUGCUGGAAUUGGGGAGUUUGGGUAUGGUCUCUGAGGAAAUGGGGAUUGAGAUGCUUGAUACAAUCUGGCACUUGUUGAAGGAAUAUGGUAGGGUAUUUGGAGAAUCCUACGAGCUUUUUCCAACACGAACACGGGAUCACGCGAUUACAUUGCAACCGGGGACAGCAGCAAUCAAUGUGAGACCCUAUUGUUAUCCUUAUGCCCAGAAAAAUGAAAUUGAGAAGUUGGUUCAGGAGAUGCUAGUUGCUGGGAUUAUACAACCUAGUCAUAGUCCAUUCUCGAGCCCAGUUCUACUGAUUAAGAUGGAUGGGAGUUGGCGCUUUUGUGUGGACUAUCGUGCCCUCAAUAAGGAUACCAUCAGAUCAGGGUUAAGGCAGAAGACAUCCCCAAGACUACUUUCUGAACUUACGAGGGUCAUUACAAGUUCUUGUGUGACGGUAGAGGAACAUUGUCAGCAUUUGCAUAAAGUCUUGGGAAGCCUGCAGGAGCAUAAGUUGUUUGCUAAUGCAAAGAAACGUGUAUUUGGACAGCAGAAGAUUGAAUAUUUAGGUCACAUCAUAUCUGAGGAAGGAGUGGCAACCGAUCAGAGUAAAAUUAAAGCAAUGAUCUGCUGGCCCCCACGCUACGUCAAGGAGCUCUGA